CCAAAUGCCAUCACAAAAAUGAGUUCUUUACUUGGGAGAACGAAAACGAUGACAUGUAUUCUUCUCACUCAAUUUCUCGUUCCUAAAUUCUCAAAUCCAAAUUCAAUCAGCUCCAUUUCCUCCUUCGAAUCCGCCAUCUCCUUCCGCAAGCUCUAUCCAUCGGCCUUAUUGGGUUUCACUUCUCCAUCGGAUAUUCGUGGAUUCUGCUCGAUUUCCAGUAAACCCACUUCAUCAUUGUCGAGCUCCAUCAAAUUAGUUUCCCCAUCGCAGGCCCUGCAAAUGUCGGAUUCAAUUUCGUAUCUUUCUCAGAGAGAAGCCGCAGAGAUUGAUGAGAUUCUUAUGGGUCCUCUCGGAUUCAGUGUAGACCAGCUAAUGGAACUGGCUGGAUUAAGUGUUGCUACAGCCAUUGCUCAGGUUUAUGAAUCCAUUACACACAAUCGUGUUCUUGUUAUAUGUGGUCCUGGAAACAACGGUGGUGAUGGUCUUGUAGCUGCUCGUCAUCUUCAUCACUUCGGAUUUAAACCAUAUGUUUGUUAUCCAAAGCGUACUCCCAAGCCCUUGUAUGAUGGUUUAGUGACACAGCUGGAAUCGUUGUCGAUCCCAUUUCUCUCUGCGGAAGAUUUGUCAAUUGAUCUGUCUAAGGACUAUGAUAUUGUUGUAGAUGCAAUGUUUGGAUUCUCAUUCCAUGGUAAGCCUAGGCCGCCAUUCGAUGAUCUAAUUCAGAGACUAUCGAGGGUUGAGAAAUCUCCUUUUAUUGUCUCUAUCGAUAUUCCUUCUGGUUGGCAUGUUGAGGAAGGAGAUAUCAACGAUGAUGGGAUAAAACCAGAUAUGCUGGUCUCUUUAACAGCUCCUAAGAUGGGUACAAAGAAAUUCUGUGGUUCACAUCAUUUUCUAGGCGGUAGAUUUGUUCCUCCAUCAAUUGAAGAAAAAUACAAUCUUCAACUUCCACCAUAUCCCGGAACUUCCAUGUGUGUUCGGAUUGGUAAGAUACCCACAAUCGACAUAGCAGCAUUGCGAGAGAAUUAUAUAUCUCCUGAUUUUCUCGAGGAUCAAGUAGAAAUUGAUCCAUUUGAUCAGUUUCAAAAGUGGUUUACAGAUGCAGUGGCUGCCGUAAAUAUUAAGGAAGCAAAUGCCAUGGCUUUGUCAACAGCUGGUAAAGAUGGGAAGAUUUCAUCAAGAAUGGUAUUGCUAAAAGGAUUUGACAAAAACGGCUUUGUCUGGUACACGAAUUAUGAAAGUCAAAAGGCGUAUCAGAUAUCUGAAAAUCCUUAUGCAUCACUAUUAUUUUACUGGGAUGGUUUAAAUCGCCAGGUAAGAGUGGAAGGACCUGUGGAGAAAGUUUCGGAAGAAGAAUCUGAACAAUACUUUCAUAGUCGCCCUCGAGGAAGUCAAAUUGGAGCUAUAGUUAGCAAGCAGAGCAGUGUUAUACCUGGACGACAUGUUCUCCAUCAAGAACACAAAGAACUCGAGGAAAAAUACAGUGAUGGAAGUUUGAUUCCCAAGCCCAAAAACUGGGGUGGAUACAGGCUCAAGCCGGAGGCUUUUGAGUUUUGGCAAGGGCAAUCGUCACGUUUACAUGAUAGGAUAAGGUAUCUUCCUGAAGUAAACGAUGGGAAACAAGCGUGGAAAAUCGACCGAUUGGCGCCCUGACUGGUUAAACAUCGGUAUGGUGGAUAUGAUGUGUUGUUUGACAGGAUUACUACCAAAGCUUUAAGUGCUCACCCCAACACAAAAUUGAAGCUUAAAUUGAAGAUGGAUUCAGAUUUAUAAGA